AUGCUGGACGGGAUCAAAAUCGAGGACCAUCCGCUGCGAUCAGGACAGGCCACGCUGGGAGUCAUGCUCGGGACUGAUUGCCAUCACAGAUCCGUGUGUGAGGGAUGCCAGCGUCCCAUCUCCGACCGCUUCCUGAUGAGAGUCAACGAUUCCUCGUGGCACGAGGAGUGUUUGCAGUGCACCGUGUGUCAACAGCCCCUCACCACCAGCUGUUACUUCAGAGAAAGGAAACUUUACUGCAAACACGACUACCAACAGUAA